AUGGGGAAUACACAAUCAUCAGAGGAAGAGGAAGCUAAAAGCCCUAGUUUAACAGAAAGUCACAACAGUGCAAGGGGUGUUUUGGAAGAAAUUGGAAAAAAGAUAAAAGAUAAGACAGAAAAAGAGAGUAAACAUGUAAGGCAAUUGAAAGGAAAAUUAUCAAAUGCAAAAUUUGCUGAUCGAUUGUAUAAGGAAUCUGGUGGUGAUUUAAGGUCUGCUUAUUCAGAUGCUUGUUCACUUACAUACAAAUUUCAUACUAAUAUAACAACUGAUGGGGGGGAUGGAAGGCAUCCUUGUCAUGGUAGGGAAAACAAUCGUUUUUCUGAAAGUCAAGAAUAUGGAUGUAGUAAUGUAUACAUAAAAGGAAAUGAAAAUAACAGUAAUGGUACAGCAUGUGUACCACCAAGAAGAAGACAUAUAUGUGAUCAAAAUUUAGAAUUUUUAGAUAAUCCUCACACUGAUGAUACUGAUGAUUUGUUGGGAAAUGUGUUAGUUACAGCAAAAUACGAAGGUAAUUAUAUUGUUAGUAAUCAUCCAGAUAAAAACAGCAAUGGAAAUAAAUCAGGAAUAUGUACUUCUCUUGCACGCAGUUUUGCAGAUAUAGGAGAUAUUGUAAGAGGAAGAGAUAUGUUUAAAUCUAAUGAAAAGGUAGAAAUCGGUCUAAAAAAGGUUUUCGAGAAAAUAAAUAAUGGAUUGAAGAAAAUAGGAAUUAAUGAUUAUAAUGAUAUAUCUGGAAAUUAUUAUAAAUUAAGGGAAGCUUGGUGGACGGCUAACCGCGAUCAAGUAUGGAAAGCCAUAACAUGUAGAGCCCCAAACGGGGCUAAUUAUUUUAGAAAAGGUUUAGAUGGAAAAAUAAUUUUUUCAGAUAAUGGACCAUGUGGUCGUAAGGAACUAAUCGUUCCUACCUAUUUAGAUUAUGUCCCUCAAUUUUUAAGAUGGUUAAAUGAAUGGUCGGAAGAGUUUUGUCGAAUAAAAAAUAUAAAAAUAGGAAAUAUUAAGAAAUCCUGUACUGGAGAAAGUAAUAAUAAACAUUGUAGUCGUGAGGGUUACGAUUGUAAUAAAACAAAUCUAAGACUUAAUGAAAUUUUUAUGGAUCUAGAAUGUCCACGUUGUGCAGAUGAUUGUAAAUCGUAUGAAACAUGGGUAGAAAAAAAAAAAAAAGAAUUUAAUAAACAAAAGAAAAAAUACGAAAAAGAAGUUGAUGCUACACAAAAUAAUGAUAAUAACGAAAAUGGAAUCUAUAAUAAAAAAUUUUAUGAUGAACUAAAAAGUUCAUAUAAAGAAGUUAAUAGUUUUUUUGAAUUAUUGAAUAAAGGACCAAUAUGUGAACAUAUUGAUAAAAAAAUUCCAAUGGACUAUAAUAAUACUGAGAAAACAUUUUCCCGUUCAGAGUAUUGUAAAUCAUGUCCUAUAACAGAUAUUUUAUGUGAUGAUAAUGAAUGUAAAACCAUUAAUGAAUUUAAAUGUAGAGAAAUAAAAAGUAUGCCUAAUAUAAGAAAAAACGAAAAUGAAACCCCUAUUGAUAUUGAUAUUCUGGUUAAUGUUAAUAACAAAAAGGUUAUUACGCAUGAUUUAAAGAAUAAUUACGAAAACUGUGAUCUUUUUAAAAAACUAGGAGAACAAAAAUGGAAAUGUAAAUAUAAAUGUUACUUAGAUGUAUGUGAACCGAGAAAUUUGGAUAGUAAUAUAUAUAAUGAACGAUAUAUCUCAAUUAAAGUACUAUUUAAACGGUGGUUAGAAUAUUUCUUAGAAGAUUACAAUAAAUUAAAGGAAAAAUUGAACCCAUGCAUGUAUAAUGUACAAGAAAUCGUAUGUAUAAAUGAAUGUAAGCAAAAUUGUGAAUGCGUAGAAAAAUGGAUAAAAGAAAAAAGGGAAGAAUGGAAAAAAAUAAAAGAUCGUUACGUACAACAAUAUGAAAGUAAAGAUGAAGAUGUUUCUUCUAAACUUAAAAAAUUUUUGAAACAGGAACUGUUUACUAAUUAUGUUAAAAAUGCCUUGGACAAGGAUGAAACGUUAGAUAGUAUGAAAGAAUCUACUGAAUGCAUUGAUCCUAAUAAACCCAAAGGAAAACCAUGUAACAAUAACGAUGUCAUAAAUAUUUUACUUAAUAGACUUGAAAAACAAAUCGAUAAUUGCAAAAAGAAGCACGAAGAAAAGGGAGAAAAACCUUGUGUUGAUAUACCUAAACUUCUAAAUGAUGAAGAUGAGGACGAAGAUGACGACGAAACACCACGCGCCCAUAAUCCGUGUGUAGAUAAAAAUGAUUCUCAACCCACUAAAACUGUGAGUUAUAUCGCUAGACAAAUGCAUCGAAGGGCAAAAGCACAAAUGACAAAAAAUAGUGUUGUUGAUGGUGAUAAUAAGUUGGAAGGCGAUAUAUUUAAGGUUACAUUUAGAAAUGGCGGGGUCGGAAAAAACCUGAAUGGAGAUAUUUGCAAGAUUGACAAAACGUAUUCCAAUGACAGUCGUGGUACUCCUACAGAUGGACCUUGUGAAGGCAAAGGCGAUCGGUUUAAAAUAGGAACGGACUGGCAAGGUGAUAGUUUCGUAAACCCACAAUACCGUGGGAUUUAUAUGCCUCCUAGACGUCAACAUUUUUGUACAUCGAAUUUAGAAAAAUUAGAUGUUAGUAGAGUCAUAAGAAAUGGUAAUGCUAGCAAUUCAUUAUUGGGUGAUGUGCUGCUCGCAGCAAAGUAUGAAGCAGAACGAACAAAGAACCAUUAUGUAUCUAAAAAGGAAGAACAUUCCGAAGCUUGUCGUGCUGUGCGUUACAGUUUUGCCGAUUUAGGAGAUAUUAUACGAGGAAAAGACAUGUGGGAUAAAAAUCAUGGCGAGAAGAAAACACAAGAAAAUUUAGAAAGAAUAUUUGCUAAAAUUAAAGAGCAACUUCUUAAUAGCAGUAUCAAAGAUAAAUAUAAGGAUGAUGACAAAGCAACACCCAAAUAUAAACAAUUAAGAGAAGAUUGGUGGGAAGCCAAUCGUUCACAGGUAUGGGAAGCAAUGCAAUGCCCACCAAAAAACGGUACUUUCCCAUGUAAAAGUGAUCAUACACCGCUACAUGACUACAUCCCCCAAAGAUUAAGAUGGAUGACCGAAUGGGCAGAAUGGUACUGUAAAGAACAGUCACGGCUGUAUGGAGAGUUGGUGGAGACGUGUGGUAAGUGUAUGCAUAAGGGAAAAUGUAAGCAAGGUAAUGGCCAUUGUGUAACGUGCAAGCCAGCAUGUGAAAAAUAUAAAAAAUUUAUUAAUACAUGGCAACCUCAAUGGAAACAAAUGGAACAAAAAUACUCCCAGUUAUACGAAGAAGCAAAAAAGUAUAAUGAUAGUAGCAGAAAAGAUACCACAAACAAAGACGAUUAUGUCCUUCAAUUCUUGAACAAAUUACUCACGCAAAACAAAGGAAAUAAAACAUAUGAUACUGCUGAAGGAUAUGUACACCAAGAAGCACAUAUUAGUGAUUGUCAGAAACAAACACAAUUUUGUAAAAAAAGAAAUGGUGAGAUCCCAAGUAGUGAUACAGAGACCGACAACAAUUAUGCCUUUCGUCCUCAACCACACGACCAUGAUGAGGUGUGUGAGUGUAAUACUAGACAGAAGACGAAGGUACGGAAAAAAAAAAAAAAAGUUGAUGCAUGUGAAAUGGCAAAAACACUUUUGCACAACAACGAUGGAACCAUAAGAAUAGGACAAUGCAAACGUAAAGAUGAAGGAAAUGCAGAAUAUCCAAAAUGGGAUUGUAAUUCUCAGAUUCAUACAACACAUAAUGGAGCAUGUAUGCCUCCUAGAAGACAAAAAUUAUGCGUAUAUUUUUUUGCAAAUCCAUCUCAAAUAGGAAGUAUAAAUAAACAAGAUAAUUUAAGAAAAGCAUUUAUUAUAUCUGCAGCAGCAGAAACAUUUCGUUCAUGGCAGUAUUAUAAGAGUAAGAAUGGUGGUGAAAACCUCCAAACUCAAUUAAAAGAUGGAACUAUUCCUGACGAUUUUAAACGUCAAAUGUUCUAUACAUAUGGAGAUUAUAGAGAUUUUUUAUUUGGAACCGAUAUAUCAAAAGGUCUUGGUGAAGGGACUGCCCUAGAAAAGCAAAUAAAUAUUCUUUUCCCAAAUGGUGUCCGAAAAAUUCCUAAUGAAAAAACACGUGAAAAGUGGUGGACAGAUCACGGACCUGAGAUAUGGAAAGGUAUGUUAUGCGCCCUAACAAAUGGUCUCAGUGAAAGCGAAAAAAAAACAAAAAUAUUCGACGACUACUCACACGACAAAGUCAACCAAUCCAAAAAUGGUAACCCUUCCCUCGAGGAUUUCGCAAAAAAACCUCAAUUUUUCAGAUGGUUUAUUGAAUGGAGUGAUGAAUUUUGUCGGGAAAGGAAGAAGAAGGAAGAGGAGGUGGAAAGGGAUUGUAAGGAUGAAUAUGAGGGAUGUGAAAAGGAGAAAAAUGGUAAAUGUGUUACCGCAUGUAAAGCAUAUAAAGAAUACAUUACAAACAAAAAAGAAGAAUAUGAUAGUCAAAAAGGGAAAUUUGACGUUGAAAAAACAGAGAAGAAACAAGGAUAUGAAGAUUAUUCUGAGAAACAGGCUUCUGAAUAUUUGAAAGAAAAAUGUAUAAAAUCAUCAUGUAAUUGUAUGAAGAAAGUUACAGAAAUUUCCAAUUACUGGACCAACCCUCAUAAAACCUACGACACCGAAAAUCUUGGAAUCAAAUGUGAAUGCCCCCCUUCACCCUGCACCAUCGUGGAUGGCAUCCUCAGCCCACAAAAUUCGAGUUCGUACGCCGAAGGGUGUAAAUGGAAAUAUGGGAAGAUGUCACAAGGGGGUACGGAAUGGGAUUGUAGUAAAAAAAGUGGGGGUGAAGGUGGUAAUGAGGACGGUGAUGUUGUAUGUAUACCUCCAAGGAGAAGGAGAUUAUAUGUAAAGAAUUUACAGGAUUUGACUGGUGAAGAAUCACUAGUGGAUUUACGAAAAGCUUUUAUUAAGUGUGCUGCUAUAGAAACAUUUUUUGCUUGGCAUGAAUUUAAAAAAGAAAAAGAAAGAGAGGAAAAAGAAAAAAAUGAACAAGAUGUACAAUAUAAAUCAUCUGUCUUAGAAAAUCUUCAAAAGCAGUUAAAAAAUGGAGAAAUAGAUGAUGAGUUUAAAAGACAAAUGUUCUAUACAUUUGCAGAUUAUAGAGAUAUAUGUUUAGGGAAGGAUAUAGGUAACGACGUGGAUGGAAUUAAUGAAAAAAUAGAUACAAUUUUGCAAAAAAAUGGAAAACCUAAUAAUAUCGAAGAAUAUAAAAAAUGGUGGCAAAAACAUGGUCAUGAGAUAUGGGAAGGAAUGUUAUGUGCUCUAAGCUACAAUACCGAAACAAAAGAGAUGGAUAAAGAACUUCGCAACAAAUUAACCGAACAAAAGAACGGUAACAAAAACACGUACGACACCGUCACAAUUAGUGGUGGUCCCAUUGGUAAUACCAAAUUGGAGAAAUUUGCAUCUAGGCCCCCAUUUUUUCGUUGGUUAGAAGAAUGGGCAGAUGAGUUUUGUAGAAAACGAACACAUAAAUUGGAAAAAAUUCAAAAUGAAUGUAAGGGAGUAAGUGGUACAAAUCAGUGUGAUGAUGAUGGUUUUGACUGCGAUGAAAUGUGUCCAAAAAAGGAUGGGAGUUUUGAAACGUUUAAAUGUCUGAGUUGUGCCAAAUCUUGUAGAUUUUAUAAAAAGUGGAUAAGUAGAAAAAAAGAGGAAUUUGAUAAACAAAGCAAAAAAUACGAAAACGAAAUUGACGAUGUUAAACAUAAUUCUGAUAACAUAUAUGGAAAAGACUUUCUUGAAACUCUUGAUCAACAAUAUAAGUCUGUUGAAUUAUUUUUAGAAAAAGUAAAAGGACCAUGUUCUAUUAAUAAUAAUAAUGAAGAAUGUAAAAUAGAUUUUAAUAAACCAAAGGAUACAUUUGGUCAUGCAAAAAAUUGUGGUCCAUGUUCUGAAAUUAGAUUCAAGUGUAUAGAGGAUAAUAGCAAUUGGGUUACUACAAAUACAUGCAAUAAAACAACUUUUAAGUUUACAGAAGAUAAUAAAGAUACGAAAGAAGAUAGUGAACAAUUAGGUAUGCUUAUUAGUGAUAAUACAGUACAAAAUUUUGCAGAUGGUUUACAGAAUGAUUGUAAAGAUGCAGAUAUCUUUAAAGGUCUUAGAAAAGACCAAUGGUCAUGUGGUUAUUUUUGUAAUUUAGAUAUAUGUAGUCUGAAAACUUCUCAUGGGGAAAACAAUUAUAAACAAAAUAUAUUAAUUAGGGCAUUGUUUAAACGAUGGUUAGAACAUUUUUUAGAAGACUAUAAUAAAAUUAAUGACAAAAUUUCACAUUGUAUGAAAAAUGGUGAAGGAUCCACAUGUAUAAAAGGAUGUGAAAUAAAAUGUAAUUGUGUAAGUAAUUGGAUAAAGAAGAAAACGUUAGAAUGGGAAAUAGUACGAGAUCGUUUCUUUAAACAAUAUAAUGUUGAUUCAGAAAAAUCUUUUACAGUGAAAAGUUUUUUAGAGCAGGCUCCAUUUGACAGUGAUGUUCAAAAAGCUAUAAAACCUUUUGAAAAAUUACGUGACUUCGAGGAUUCAAUUGUAUGUAAUGGAACUACGAGCGCACGAAAGGAAAAAGGUACAGAAAAGGAUGUCGUAAUAUGUUUGCUUGAUAAACUUCAAAAACAAAUAGAAACUUGUCAAACGAAACAUAAAGAAACAUCUGGAAAUACAUGUUCCCCACCCCCAAACCCCGACACACAAACAGACACACCAUUACCACUUGAGUCUUUUCCUCCCCCUUUUUGUAACGUUCCUCCUAAUCCAUGUGGCGACAAAGAUGCGACCAACGUGGUUGGAGUUGAAGUGCUGGCGAAGGAAAUGCAGGAGGCGGCACAUAAAAGCAUGUUAAGUCGUAGUGCUGUUGAUAGUGGUAAGGGUGAUAAGGGUGAGAGUAGUAGUGGUAAGAGUAGUUUGGAAGGAGAUAUAUCCUUAGCAGAAUUUAAAAAUGGCUUUAAUCCAAGUGGGUUGAAGAACGUAUGUCAAAUAACGGAAAAACAUUCCUAUGCUAAUGGUGCAUCAAAGGAUCCUUGUAAUGGAAAAGGAAACGGCAAGGACCAGAGAUUUAAAAUAGAAACCCAAUGGAAAGAUACAGGCAAAAGCGGUAAACACGUUGACGUCUAUUUACCUCCACGACGCGAACAUAUAUGUACCUCAAAUUUGGAAUAUUUACUUAAGGGUAAUAGUGAUCAGAUUAUGAAGGUUGGAAAUAACAAAAUUAAUCAUUCCUUUUUGGGAGAGGUAUUGCUAGCAGCAAAAUAUGAAGCAGAAUUCAUAAAAACCAAUUAUACGAGAUUAAAUGGCCAAAAUGACAAUGGAGCUAAAUGUAGAGCUAUGAAAUAUAGUUUUGCUGAUAUAGGAGAUAUUGUACGAGGAAGAGAUCUGUGGGAACAUAAUGAUUUUAAAAAGCUAGAACGAGAUUUGGUAAAAAUAUUUGGUAAAAUUAAAGAGGGAAUUACUGAUGAGACAACCAAAAAACAAUAUGAAAAGGAUGACACAGACAAUAAACAAUUACGUUGUGAUUGGUGGGAAGCUAACCGUGAUCAAGUAUGGGAAGCAAUGCAGUGUAAAACAACAAUACCACCAGUCACCACAAGUUGUGAUACUACCACUGUUACCCCUCUUGUGGAUUACAUCCCCCAAAGAUUACGUUGGAUGAUGGAAUGGGCAGAAUGGUAUUGUAAAUAUCAAUCGAAGGCAUAUAGUGAGUUGAGGAAGGGGUGUGAGGAUUGUAGGAGUUGGAAAUGUAUGAAGGGUGAUAGUAAAUGUGAGAAUUGCACAAAAGCUUGUAAAGACUAUAAUAGUAAAAUAGAACCAUGGAAACAGCAAUGGACAAAAAUAAAAGAAAAAUACGAAGAAUUAUACAAAAAAGCACAAAAUAGUGAUACCUCUAAUAGUGGUACAACAUAUCCCAAAGAUGAGAAAGAUGUCGUUUCUUUUUUGUCAAAAUUACACGAAAAAAAUAAAGACAAUAAGAUAUAUUAUACUGCUGCAGGAUAUAUACAUCAACAAGCAAAAUAUUUAGAUUGUACACAACAAACACAUUUUUGUGAUAAAAAAAAUGGCGAGACAUUACCUAGCGGUAGAGACAAUGACAAAUAUGCUUUUAAGAAACCGCCAAAAAAAUAUGAACGAGCAUGUAAAUGUCACGAGAAACAGGAACCACCACCUCCUAAGGUACCAGAAGAUUCAGAGGACGAUAGAGAACGAUCAGAACCUGGUGAAGAUGCACUCCCUGUACUCCCACCAGAAGAAAUAGAACAAGAGGAAGAACCCGAAGAAACUUCCGUAGACACUACACAAGAUGAGGAGGAACCAGCAUCCGAAGGAGGUGGCCCAUCGGGAUCACCAACAGAAGAAAGUGGGGAACCAAGAGAAAAUAGUGAUAGCUCCGACCCCAAACCUGACCAAAACCCCGAAGCCAACCCCGAACAAACACCGAUACUCAAACCCGAAGAAGAAGCACCACCAAAAUCAAAACCACCCGAUGGAGAUCGUGGCGUAGGACGUUCUUUAGGACCAACCCCACGUUCUGAAGUUGAACCCGAGGAAUCCGAAAACGAAGACGUCGAAGACGAAGAUGACGAAGAGGAGGAAGAAGACCCCGACGACGACCCCGAGGCGGAGUCGGAGGAGGAAGAUGAAGAUCACGGCGGCCAGGAGGCGGAGGCGGUACCACCACAACCCCAAGCACCAGCACCUCUACCCCCUCCUCCACCACCUUUACCCCCCCUUAAAACCGCCCUCAUGUCUUCUACCAUCAUGUGGAGUGUAGGUAUCGGUUUUGCGGCCAUCAGUUACUUUUUACUAAAGAAAAAACCGAAAUCACCUGUUGACCUCAUACGUGUAAUUGAUAUCCAUAAAGGCGAUUAUGGAAUACCUACAUUGGAAUCCAAAAAUAGAUAUAUCCCCUAUGUGAGUGAUACAUACAAAGGCAAAACAUAUAUAUAUAUGGAAGGAGAUACUAGUGGAGAUGAAAAAUAUGGAUUUAUGUCUGAUACUACUGAUAUAACUUCCUCCGAAAGUGAGUAUGAAGAAUUGGAUAUUAAUGAUAUAUAUGUACCAGGUAGUCCUAAAUAUAAAACAUUGAUAGAAGUAGUAUUGGAACCAUCAAAAAGUAAUGGUAACACACUAGGUGAUGAUAUGGUACCUACCACGAAUACAUUUACAGAUGAGGAAUGGAAUGAAUUGAAACACGAUUUUAUAUCACAAUAUAUACAAAGUGAACCACUGAAUGUACCACAAUAUGAUGUAUUAAAGGAGUUACCAAUGAAUAUAGUAGGUAAUGUUUUAGAUGAUGGUAUAAACGAAAAACCUUUUAUUACUUCUAUUCAUGAUAGGGAUUUAAAUAGUGGAGAAGAAAUUAGUUAUAAUAUUAAUAUGAGUACUAAUAGUAUGGAUGAUCCAAAAUAUGUAUCAAAUAAUGUAUAUUCUGGUAUAGAUUUAAUUAAUGAUUCACUAAGUGGUGGUAAACCUAUUGAUAUAUAUGAUGAAGUGCUAAAAAGAAAAGAAAAUGAAUUAUUUGGAACAAAUUAUAAGAAAAAUACAUCAAAUAACAAUGUAGCUAAAUUAACAAAUAGUGAUCCAAUUAUGAACCAAUUAGAUUUGUUACAUAAAUGGUUAGAUAGACAUAGAGAUAUGUGUGAGAUGUGGAAUAAUAAAGAGGAAGUAUUAGAUAAAUUAAAAGAACAAUGGAAUAAAGAUAAUGAUGGUGGUGAUAUAUCAAGUGAUAGUAACAAAAGGUUGAAUACGGAUGUUUCGAUUGAAAUAGAUAUGGAUGAUCCUAAAGGAAAGAAGGAAUUUAGUAAUAUGGAUACUAUCUUGGAUAAUAUAGAAGAUGAUAUAUAUUAUGAUGUAAAUGAUGAAAACCCAUCUGUGAAUGAUAUACCUAUGGAUCAUAAUAAAGUAGAUGUACCUAAGAAAGUACAUGUUGAAAUGAAAAUCCUUAAUAAUACAUCCACUGGAUCCUUGGAACAACAAUUUCCUAUAUCGGAUGUAUGGAAUAUAUAA